AUGGACGAAGACAAAUGUGGGGAGCUUACCCGCGGUCCAUGUGAUGACGACGGAGAAGACUCGGUGGGUCGAGUGGGAGAAUCAGGACCUGUGACGUUGUGCAUGGGCGAAGUGAUUGCAUGCAGCGGUGAGAAGCUGGUUUUGGUGGCUACAUCCACCUCGUCGUCCUCAACCAGGAACGGAGGAACCCAGUGGAAUUCUCGAGGGUCUUGA